AUGGGUACCCUUGGGAUUGAGGCUCAUAGGGGAUUAGCCGAAGUCCUGGUCGCGCGCGUCUCUGAAUUCAUUUUCUCUAGCUCUGCGGAGAUGGCAACACUUAGCACAGAGGAUCUCUAUGCUAUUGCAGAUUUCUGCUUGGUUCCCGUAGGCACUAACGAGCCGUCUGUUGCUGAAUAUGUAGCAGAAUGUGUGAGGGUCCUUGAGAAAACGGGGUUAACAUACAAGAUGACCCCGAACCAGAUGCAUGGUUAUGGAACCAACUUAGGCAUGUGGCUUCCAAAUUAUUUGUACAGUACAAAGAAUCCUGACGCACCCUUAAUAGAAGGGCCUUGGUCCGCAGUCAUGAAAGCCAUCCACGAUUGUCAUGCCGCUGUCCACGUAAAGGGCGCACCUCGUAUUGCCACUGACAUUCGUAUCGGAACACGUGUUGAUAGAAAGAUAGAACCGGGCACUGGUAACGAGCACAAAGUCAGACGUGUUGAGGAGAUUAUUGCCAGAGAUGCGAAGGCAUGA